CAGUUGAUAGUUGGCUACCGAAGUGAGACGUCGAAGAAAGUGUCGUUAGAUCGGGGUCACCGUAUUAAAUUAUUCCGCAUUGUUAGGCCGCAUCUGGCCAAAUAUCAACAGACCCUUGCUCUUAAUUGGUCGUCAACAAGUAGACAAAGCCAGGCCGCGGUCCACACUCUUCGAUCUCCGCCAGCCAGCCUGCCUGCCUCUCUGCCACUUAUCAACGCCUCAGGAACCAACUUGCUUGAUAAGCAGCUGCCCUUAGUUCGAACAGAACAUUUACCAUCCGACUCUGCUGCGGAAUGGUUAUGAUGCCCCUCCGGAUACUGCUGAUCGCCUUUUCGCUGACGCUAGCCCAGAGCUAUGGCGUCGGUGUCAAUGGACCGCGUCCCGUGCGCACUGUAGAAACGCUGACGCAGUGGGGCCAGCUGGAGUUCGGAUUUCCCACGGCGCAGGAUCGGGAGAACGCUCAGGCGGCGGGUAAUCUGGUGCCCGAGAACGGCACUCCCAUCGAUGUGCAGCCACAGUACAUGGCCAAUGGCCAGAUCAGGCUGUUCACCACUAUUCCGCGCUUCGUGACGGGCAUUCCCUACACCUUGGCCACCGUUUCAGCGACGCAGGGCAGGAAUGGCCCGCUGCUGCAGCCGUAUCCCAACUACUCCUGGCACAAUGCCAACGGCGAGGACUGCGAUCGCAUAACAUCCGCAUUCAGAGUGGCUAUCACCGAGUGCAACCAGAUGUGGGUGAUCGAUUCGGGUGUGAUUGGAACCACCCAGCUGUGUCCGCCGCAGUUGCUGCAGUUCGCCCUGGCCACCGAUCGCUUGCUGCAUCGCUUCCGCUUCCCGAACGACACAUACAUCCCGAGUGGAUCGCUCUUCAUCACGCCAAAUGUACUCGUCCAGGAUCCUCCGCCUAGGGGAACCUGCAGUCGCACCAUGAUCUAUGUGGCCGAUGUGAGCUAUCAUGGCUUGGUGGUCUACGACCACCAGGCGCAGACAUCAUGGCGGGCUGAGAACCGCUUUAUGUAUCCCGAUCCGGACUACGGCAAGCACACCAUAGCAGGCGAGAGCUUCUACCUGAUGGACGGCAUGUUUGCACUGAACAACGACAAGCGCAAUCUUUACUUCCAUCCGCUGGCCAGUGCAAGUGAGUAUUCCGUGCCACUGAGUGCUUUGAACCGGCAGCAGAACUGGGCCAACGGGCCGGAGGCUCUGCCGGAGGAGUUCAGGCUGCUAGGCAGGCGGCGGAGCGAGUGCGCCGCGUCCGCCAUCGAUGGCAGGAACAACGUCUACUGCGUCACCUUCAAUCCCGUCAAGCUCUUUGUGUGGAACGUGAACUCGCCGUACAAUUCGCGAAACUUUGGCAAUCUGCCAGCCAAGUCCGAUGACCUGCAGUUCGUCAGCGGCAUGAAGGUGUUGCGGAACCGCGAAGGGCAGGAGGAACUCUGGAUGCUCUCCAAUCGCUACCAGAAAAUCGCCGCAGGUACGCUGAACUCGAAGGAGGUCAACUUCCGCAUCCUGCGCCGCAAGUUGGAUGAUGUCCAGGGCGGCGUCUUCUUCUCCAACGACGAGGAUCUAACCAAUCGCCUGGUGUUUAGCUAGUGACUUAGCAAAUCCACUUAAUUAAUAUAUGUAAAUAUUAGUUUUGUUGUGCACUUCACUGGGGGAUCGUUGCGAAUUCCGCCUAAGUGCUAAUAACAGCCUAUCUGAAAUUGUAAAGAUUCCGCAAAGCCUAAGAAAUAUAUAUGACGUGUAAAUAUU